UAAAUGUAAACACAUGAAGAUGACAACUUCCCAAAGCAGAAAGGAAGCGCUCACUGCUUUCAGUAACACCAAGAAAGAUGCAUUAAUAUGAGAUCUUGUUCUUUUCCAGAAGCAGAUACCCAAUGCUAUAUCCUCUGCAAGUCAAAAACUACCAAACGUGGUCAGAUUUUGGCAUACUUCUGAUUUUAAACGGAAGCAAAUAAUUUCCUCAACCAUCACAGUCACUCCUCAAAAACUUGGAGGAUAUUGUGGAUUAUGAAUCGCAGCAUCUGUUGGCUUUGCAGUUUGUUCAGAGAUGGUACAAACAGAGUCAUUUCCAAAAUAAGCCUGGAAGAAGUACUUCAAUGGUCUCAGUCUUUUGAAAAGCUUAUGGCUACUAAAUAUGGGCCAAUUGUCUACAAGUCCUACCUGAAGACUGAAUAUAGUGAUGAGAACAUGGAAUUCUGGUUGGCUUGUGAAAAGUAUAAGAAGAUUUUAUCACAGAGAAAAAGAAUAUCAGAGGCACAGAAACUUUUUAAGGAAUUUAUCCAACCUCAGGCUCCAAAAGAGAUUAAUAUUGACAGUCCAGUGAGAGAAGGUAUUACCUUGAAGAUUCAAGAACCAACUCAGUGUUGUUUUGAUGAGGCUCAGAAAAUUGUUUAUCUGCAUAUGGAAAGAGACUCAUAUCCCAGGUUUCUUAGCUCACAAAUCUACCAAAGCCUUAUCUUCACUCUUUCAGCCCAGCAACAAUCAACAGUCUGUCUCAAAGAGGAAAAGUGAGAGCUUUAUUUUGAGUUUCGAAAUCAGAUAAAAGCAAGCAUGACACUUUCAUAAUAUGUUACACAGCAAUUCCCAUCAUUCCCAGCCAGCAACAUCUUUCCUGAUUUAAUGCCCUCUGAGUUGCUCUCAAAAUCAUGUACCCCAGUUUAGAGAAGAACGCACUAAAUGAACAUGCUUAGAAAAUAUAAAUAUUUUGACAUGACUAUUAUUUUCUUGUUUGAAGUUGGCAUGGGAACAUUUAUACAAAAUAAAACUGUAAAAUUCAAAAGUAUCAACCAAAGCUUUAGUAUUGUCUGAAUAAUGGAACCAUCACAAUGUCAGAGGCUGAUGUGGUUGAGUUAACCAAGUACUCUUACUCAGAUCAGAACUUCUAAGUCUUAGCAAUGUCUUGAUCUAACACUUCUCUGUGGCACUUCCUGCCUGAUGCAAGCUACAGCAUCAAUAGCCAGAAACUCUAUUAACAUUCAGCCAGUCACCCAGCCAUUAAGCCUCUUUUGAACAAUUCAAGGAAGACUGCAGAUGCUUCUGGCAUUCACUCUACAUUAUGUAAAAGCCACAGCAAACAAGGUAAAUUCAUAACAAUAUAUUAAGAACAAGCUAUAUUUAUAGUAUUAUACUAAAAAUAUAUAUAAUGCUGGUACCAUUACCUUUUAAAAUUUACUUUUAUUUUAAAUAGUAUAUUUUUAGAAGUUUUGUUCACCCCUAUCCACCCACCCCGAAGAGAACUGCAGUUAUUGAAUGGUUUACAAAUACAGGGAUAUCAAAAUAGUGUUUCAAAACUUAAUUGAUGCAGAAAGGCCUAUGUUUUUCAAAGCAAACAAGCAGACACUGAACACAAAAACUGAAAGUUAACAGUGAAGUUAAUACGCAUAUGUGAGUAAUUGAACGUAAGUAAUGUGUGAAUUUAAGUGA